AUGGCUCUCACAACAGGUCACGAAUCCCAGGUUAGGUGCCUGAACAGAACUUCCGACUGCCCGAAGAUGUUGGACGGGACAAAAAUGGAAGAGCUCCCGUUACGUUCAGGUCCAACCACCCUGGGAAUGCUUAUCGGUUCUGAAUGCAAACAUAAGGAAGUUUGUGACGGCUGUCAACGACCUAUAGAAGACCGCUUUCUGAUGCGAGUUAACGACGCUUCUUGGCAUGAGCAUUGCUUGCAAUGUACUGUAUGUCAACAACCACUCACCAGGAGCUGUUAUUUUCGAGACAGAAAACUUUACUGCAAACCCGACUAUGAACAGUUGUUUGCCACAAAGUGCAAUGGCUGCAUGGAGAAGAUAGCGCCGACAGAAUUUGUCAUGCGAUCUUUGGAAUGCGUUUACCACCUGAGCUGCUUCUGUUGCUGCGUCUGUGAAAGGCAGCUGAGGAAGGGUGACGAGUACGUUCUGAAGGAGGGGCAGCUUCUCUGCAAAAGUGACUACGAGAAGGAAAAGGACCUGCUGAGCUCUGUUAGCCCAGAUGACUCUGAUUCAGUGAAAAGUGAUGAUGAAGAUAUUGACAUUAAGCCAAACAAGAUUCAGGGAACACAGGGAAAGGCUUGCGAGGACGGCAAGGAUCAGAGAAGGCCAAAACGCCCUAGGACUAUCCUCACCACACAGCAAAGGAGAGCAUUUAAGGCGUCAUUUGAAGUGUCUUCCAAACCUUGCAGGAAGGUCAGAGAAACUCUUGCAGCAGAAACAGGGCUCAGUGUACGUGUAGUUCAAGUUUGGUUCCAAAAUCAAAGAGCCAAGAUGAAAAAGUUGGCCCGACGUCAACAGCAGCAGCAAGAGCAACAAAACGGUCAACGGCUUGGACAAGAAGUGAUGUCAAAUAGAAUGGAUGGGGUGAUAAGUUCCUACGCUCCACUCACAGCUCCUCCACAGCAGCUGGUGUCCAUGGACCAGAAUGGGUACAACUCUGACCCCUUCCAACAAGGUCUCACCCCACCCCAGAUGCCAGGGGAUCACAUGAACCCAUAUGGAAACGACUCCCUCUUUCACGACAUCGAUAGCGAUACCUCUCUCACCAGCCUGAGUGACUGCUUCCUGGCUUCGUCAGAAGUUAACGCCAUGCAGGCUCGGGUGGGUAACCCCAUCGACAGGCUUUACUCCAUGCAGAACUCAUACUUUGCCUCGUGAAAGCUAUCAGGACUUCAAAAAGAAAAUCCCACCUGACAGAUUAUGUUGACUUUAAAUGGAGGGGUGGAGGGGAAACUGAAAAAAAACUGUGCAGCCAUAUAUUACCUUAUUUUCUUCUCAUCCACUAUUUCCCAUGCGGCAGAAAAACUGACAGCGAGAAGAUAAUGAAAGUGACAUACAAAAAGACAAAUUCAAUAGAAUUCAAAUCAGCACAGCAAUGGGAGCAUGGGUCACAGAAACUGCAGCUGCAUUUCAUUGUUUCAGUGUUUUUAUACAAAUAUUCCAGGACUUAUUGUCCUUAAUUAUUUACACAAAUUUGGGCAUCAUUUCCCUGCCCUUCUGCUAUUCUCUGUUUAAUACUUUUAAUGGUAACUGGAUCUCAAAGAUCAAAUAACAUUUUACACACCAAUUCUCCAAACAGUCAAUGUAACAGAGGUUACAACUUCUUAUAUGCCUGCUUUAUCUUAUUAAGCCAGAUAUAAUGCACAUAAUAGUGAGAGGACUGAUAUGGGCUGUGCUACCUGCCCGUUUGCAUGACUCAUCUCUCUUCUGAGAUAUCCAACACUAUUAUUAAGCUCGCUCUCUCACAUUCACAGCUUUUUUUGUUUUGUCCUGCUUACACCUGCUAGAUUCCUUGCUCAAGCAUAGUCUUCUGCCUGGACUGGUGUGUAACCCACUGUACUGCCAGCUGACAGCCAGUAAAGUACAUGGAAAUUAUGCUUUGCAAAGACGGUUUGCCGAUAAUUUGUCAAAUUGAAAUCCAGAACUAGUUUCCACCUUGUUGCUUCCAAAAGGAGCUCAAAAGAUCUAAAGGUAAUUCAUGCCGUUUGGCGUGUUUGUUUUCUGCUCUACAUUCUGUCUUUAACUGAAUCCACUGAGAGCUGUCUGUUGAUUUGGCACAGUCACAGCCUUGAUAGUGGAAGA